ACACGUGGUACUUCAAUAAAAAAACAUGGAGGAUGAAGUUGAUUGAGGAGGCUGCUGUAUUUUUGUGUUCUGAUUUACUCAAAUAUCACAGCUGUUAGUUUGGCUAGAUCAUUGCGUGUCUUGGGAAGAAUUUAGGCCGUAUAUUUUCUCCAGUGUGACAGGUUCUAGAACUCAGUGGCGGUGUUUUGGAGCGGCUCGAGGAGGAGCAGCAGCAGCGAUGGAGGGGUUCGGGACUAUAACCUUCCCCAUGUUAGCAGACGAAGAAGAGAGCUGCAGUGCCUCUGCUGUACCAAGUAACGGUAGCUUUUACAGCACUCCACUGCAGGGUGUUUUCGUUAAAGAGUGCAUGGCCUCUGCAUCAGAAGACCGUAUGGUGUCCCUGUGCCAGAGUCAGCAGCAGUGUGUGAAGGCCUCCAUCGUGUCCAGCUGGCAGCUGGUGGAGGCUCAGGACCAGCUGUGUGGGCUGGAGCUGCACGGCUCCGAAAGUGUUGAGCAGGAGCAUGCCCGCGCCAUUGCCAGCCAAUCAGAGCUCUCCCAGACGGAACAAGAGUGGCGCCGGAAGGAGAACAUGCUGGGAGGCAGCAGGAGCCCUGUGCUCAGUGCUGACAGCAGCCAGGAUGUGUUUGACAAGAGUAUUAUUAAUUCAAGAAGUAAAAACGUUGAAUUGGAGGAUCAUGACCAGAGCAAAACCUUUGUUCAGAAGUAUGAACAGGAAUUUAGAUAUUUCGGCAUGUUGCGGAGGUGGGAUGACAGCCAGCGGUUCCUGUCUGACCUGCCUCACCUCGUCUGUGAGGAGACUGCCAACUACCUGAUCCUCUGGUGCUUCAGACUACAGGCUGAAGAGAAAGAGGCGUUGAUGGAGCAGGUCGCUCACCAGGCUGUUGCUAUGCAGUUUAUCCUGGAGAUGGCCAGCACCUCCCAGCAGGACCCCAGAGGCUGCUUCCGCCACUUCUUCCACAAAGCCAAAGCAGGACAAGAGGGGUACUUGGAUGUAUUCCAUACUGAGCUAGAGGCCUUUAAGCAGAGAGUAAAAGAGUACACUGUCAAGUGCAAAGGAGAGACACUCCCUAACUUUACAGAGAACCAGAGCAGCACAGCACGCUGUCGCCCGGACCCCAGAGAAGUUCUAGAAUCCUUACCCCCUGAACUGAAGUCAGGGUUCCAGCUGCAAGACAUGCAGAUUCUCCAGAAUGUUCUCAGCACCAUGAAUCCACAGGUGGCAGAGUACCAUGUGAAGCGCUGUCUGGAGGCUGGCUUGUGGACCAACCGAGAAGGGAGAUGGUCCAAGGAGGACGCUACUUUAGAAACAGACGAUCUGCGCAUGAUGGAGACAUAACAAAUGUCUCCACCUCCCCGUCAUUUCCCCAUCAGUUCAUGACACUCAAUAGAAAUAUUACAAAAUGGAGGGGAGAAGGGCUGAGCUCCCACAGACUAAUUUUUGUAUGCCGCAGAAUCUGCGCUGGAAUGUGUCCUUGCACUUUAUAUUUUGUUCAAAACAACAAACAUACAAAAAUAUUUAAGGGAAGACGAUUGGUAGGUAUUUUGAAGCGCUUACUGUAUCUUUGCUUAUAUCGCUAAAGUAUGUCAUAUCUUGAAGGGAGUGUAAAACGGUUUUCAUCUACAGUAGGCUUGACUGGACCCGGCACAGUCCUUCCCUAGCAGGAGGGGGAAAACCUGAGCAUUAGAAUAAAACACGCUCGUUGUAAAUAAAAGUACACGUUUUUUUAAUUGAAGAAACAAAAGGCCUGUUCCUGGACUCGUGGUUCUGCAGUGGACGUAUGUACACCUAGCGUAUGUGGUCCAAGCUCUCCUAGAAACUUUCCUUAACUCCCGUGUGUCCAGUUUGUCAUCAUUAGGCCAAACAUUGAUACUACCACGGUGUAGCUAUGAUGACAUAACGAUGCAAAGUGAUCAGUUGACUGCUGUGCCAAAUUCUUGUUUUUGUUACUGCUCGUCACUCCACAUCAACCAACCCUCAAAAGAAAUGUGUCUGUCUUUAUGUCCAUCACAGAAGAAUAAGCUUGUCAAACAUAUGUGUUUGGCUGCUAAACCUGCUCACAGACUUGAUUGUGGAAUAGAAAGAGAUGGUAACUUUCUGGCUGACGUAGCGUGAUUAACAUCCUGUGUUAGGUUCUGCUUCGAUGCUCUGUUUGGAAUAGAGCAUCUUUAAAACAAUGUUGUUCAGGGGAAAUGCUUUUCAUACUUCAGGCCUACCAGCCAGAUUGGGUACUUAGACUUUUGCAGAGCGUCCGAGGUCAACAUUAAAUGGAAAGCUGUUAGUUGCUUAUCACAAUAAAUUUUUUAUUCUAUUAGUUUAUUUUACAUUUUGAAACAGAUCGCCUGAAUACAGUCUCUUCCAGCAAGUGAGACUUGAUAAUAAAUAAUACACUUGUUAUGAAAUAGAAGUUUAAGGUUCAUAAAAGUAUACACAUUUACUAAUGUAAUUAUUCCUUUGACUGAUCAUCAAAGAACAGGUAAUGUGCUACAAAAAUACUGCAUGUAAUAUGCUGGUAAGACAUUCAGCAUACAUUAAUCAGAUUACAAAUCUAAACUCCCAAGGCAUGGCCACAGUCAGAGAAAAUAUACAAAUAUCGUAAUUAAAACUAUGCAUCAGGCUAAUUGCAGCUUUUUUUGAGAGUAUGUUAUCACUCCCAUGAUAACUUAUGAGCCUGGCAUCCAAAUCGAUUGUAUGACGUUUCACUUCACGGGAGUGCAACGUUUUAACCAGGCUAACAACUUCAAAUGACAGCUACUCUAAACUACUGCGUUUCUGGUGACACGUGUUUCACUGAAAUCAUUGGCACUGUCUUUUUAACAUUCAUUAAUUGCAUGGUGAUUCACUUUUUUGUUUUUAUCAUUUAAGAGACACUAUAUUGUCAUGUCAACAAUAGGCACUUGGCCCUAAAGAUGAAUUCAAGGCAACUUCAGCUAAUAUAACGGCACUUUUCCAUUUACCCCAUUAUAGUUGUCCUGUACACCGACAGACCAAGGACGGGUAUGAAUUGGAUACAAAACCACAUCACCUGGCAACAAGCUACAAUACAGACUUCUAUGGUCAUUGUUUGGCAUGACUAUAGAAGUUGGCCAGAGCACAAACAGAUCUGGGACCAGGCUACAUAUGGAAUGAACAGAGAUAGAAUGUGACAUUAGUUGAAUGUGUGGUUCUCAUCCACAUUGUAGUAGUAGUAAAUAACAUGGUCUUAUAUAGGCACUGAGAUACUGUUACAUUUUGGACCAAAGAGUUGAGUCCCAUUAAAGUUGUGGUAAACUGAUCCAUUCUUUGCUUUCCCAACAACCUUUUUAAUUUUGUAGGGAGAGUUUUUUGGACAGGAGGGCCUGAAUGUGAGGCCAGAUCUUGUUGGUUUCCGUUCCUGAGAAUGUCUCCAACACCCCUUUACUCCUGUUGUCAGAAACAGUCAUUAGUACCUCAUGACAGACAUGAAAGUUAUCACAAUAAACAUAAGCAGUGAACCAGGUCAUGUUCAGUAGGUAAAACAUUUAAAAAACGUUUUGAAAUGGGGAGGUACUACUACAUUUUUCUCCAAUGAGAACACAUUUCCGCUAAAUGUUUUGCUGCCGUAUGCUCUACUGAAUGUAACCCAGUUCUUAACUACAUAAUACUUUCAAGGUUGCCAACAUAGAUCAUUCACAGUUUAACAAAGGGACAGGCAGUACUGUACAGUGUAAUGCAUGCACGGUCUGGUCUCAUUUCUGAACCUGAAUCCUUUGUUACAGUCCCAAGAUAUUUCACUUCUCAGACUGGCCUCUGUAGUUUAACAAAGGGACAGGCAGUACUGUACAGUGUAAUGCAUGCACGGUCUGGUCUCAUUUCUGAACCUGAAUCCUUUGUUACAGUCCCAAGAUAUUUCACUUCUCAGACUGGCCUCUGUAGUUUAACAAAGGGACAGGCAGUACUGUACAGUGUAAUGCAUGCACGGUCUGGUCUCAUUUCUGAACCUGAAUCCUUUGUUACAGUCCCAAGAUAUUUCACUUCUCAGACUGGCCUCUGUAGUAGGGUUUAUUCAUCUUUAUCAAUUUACCAGUGACGAAGAGCCCCAACAUCUAUUAUCAAUAACUUGGACGCUAUAACAUCCUAUGUACACAGGGAGCGCUGCCUACUGUUUUUGCUUUUUUAAUUGGCCAGUGAAAUAUGUAGAUGUGAUUUUCAUCUUGACUGCCACACAAUGCACUUAGCUAUGCAU